UUAAGCGGCAUCAAUUUGUACGGUACGCGGUACGGAGAGACAGCGUUGCCGAAUUAAAAACUUUGUUGAUGCGGGGUUUGGACUUGGAGAAAUUUUCGAAUUGUUACAAACGACCCCGUGACUGAUGACUUGAAUUCUUGGGAUAGCUGCAUAAAUACAUGAUCUACCCAUCCAUCCACAUUGCCAAAAAUCUUCACUGAAGUUGCACUGAAGAGUGUUAGCUAAACCUGGCACGUGAAAACCCUUGUAAGUGCUAAACUGGCAUGAGAACUAUGUCGAGCGGCAAGCUAGCCAUGCCCUUUGACGCUGGUCAGAAAGUGAAGUCACGCUACGAGACCCUGGCCUCCUUUAACAGCGAUGAAGGGGAGGAGGCCAAGGAAUACGCCGCCUUCCUCAGGGAGCAGGAGAGGAAGUGCGGCCCUGAGGGCUUCUUGGACUCCAAGAAGUACACCCACUCCUUCCAGGUCCGUGGGAAGGUCUUGGAGACCAAGAGCAACAAGCCCAAGAAGCCUGACGACGAAGAGCAGCCCAAGCCAACUCAGGUGGGAUUGUUAGGAGUUAGCACCAGCACUGGCAGGAAACCAGGUCAGGAGAGAUCAAAAAUGGACACAGUGGUGGAUCUGCUAAACAGAGUAGAAAAGGACAAAGAGGACUACGAAAAACGCAUGAAAAUCAUUGAGGACCACAUGUGGCAACACAAGCAAGAGGAGAGGGAGCUGAAGAGAUCUGAGGGGGACAUCAUCAAGAGCCAGCACAUGCUCCGCAGGACCAUGAAGGAUUUUGAGCUCGCCAUAAAUCGUAAGAAGCAAGCAGAAGCCAAGAAGAUACUGGAGAACAAACAGAAAGAGUUCCUCAUCACAAACGACCACAUCCACAAGAAGGAGAAUCUUACCAAGGACAGAAUUGAGAAGGCCAUAAACAAAGAUCAACAGAUCAAGGAUGAAGACCGAAAAUCAUUUCUUACAAUUGGAGACCUGGAGAGGAAGUACCGAGCCAAGAUUGCCGAGAUCGAGCUGCGGCGGGCCGAGGUGCAGAAGCUGAGCGAGGAGUUCACCGACCGCAUGAAGACCAAGGAGGAGGAGACCUUUGCCCUGAACAAGGAACUGGCGGAGAUUGCCCUGACCAUCAACAUGGAGGCCCAGAAGCAGCGCAAGACGGCCGUCGACACCAGCAAAGACAGUAAGACGGAAUCCAAGGAAAAGAUCAAGACAGACAAUGAGAUGGAGACACACUUUGACACCAAGCUGAGGAGGAACGUGAGUAAGGCUGGUCAGUUUGAGAACAACAAGAGACGGUUGAGUCUGGACUUGGCACAGUUCAGCGUCAACAUGCUGGAAAAGAACAGAGAUGGUGGACGGCAGUUGCUAGACACCAGAAACCGUCUGCAAGAGAACAGCACCACACAGAGGAAGCUACAGGAGGCCGCCCUUACCGCCAAGCUGGAUCACACCAACAAGAAGAUUGAACAGAAGCUACGGAGCCACGAUCUUAAGAAGCAGCGUCGACUGCAGCACAUCACCGCCCUCAAGAAGAAAGAACACGAGAAGGAGUUGAAGGACUGGGAGGAGAGGUUUAGCAAGAAGCAGUACGAUGCCACGAGGAGAGAAUACGAAGACACCCUCAAGCACGCCGUGAGGACAGUCACCAAGCAGGAGGAGAUCGAGCACGACCUGUCCACCCGGGUGCGCACCAGCGAGUACGCCCGCAAGCAGCGGGAGCAGCAGUGCAAACGCAUGCAGCAGCAGCUGGCCGAGCUGCGGCGCAAGAACGACCAGCGCCUCAAGCAGCAGAUGAUCGAGUGCUACCAGAAGGAGAAGGAACUAGAGCAGAAACUGCUGCGGGAGCAGUCGGAGCUCUACAAGAGCCAUGUGAAUCGCGAGGAAGGGUACGUCUCCCUACAGCAACAUCGCAUGAUGAUGAAAGAAGACAGGAUCAUACUGAAUGAAACGGCGAAGGAACACGAACGACUCGUGAGGAUAGGCGAGAAGACGGAUCUGCUCAACAGCUAUCCUUGAUGAGAAAACAUGACUAGUCUUCUGUAAUCAUUUACCUUUUUCUACAUGCUAAGUAAUUUAUGGUCUUCUUCAGCGAGUAACACGGAUCGUCAGUACUGUCUUACAACCAAGAUGGUCAGAGAGACUGAGCAGUAUUUCUGCCGCUGAUUGUUGAAAAUCAGGCAUUGUUCUUAACCAGGCAGUUGGGGAGGGCAAAUUUGAAUAUCUUUCAAGCAAGAAAUAUUCUUUUCUUUUUUUCUUUUUUUCACUCUUAGCUGUGAGAAGUUGCUCCUAUACCAGGGCAUACAAGAUGAGGGUAGCAUCCAAACAAAAGCAAGGAACAUCAUUUUCUUUGAAACACAAAAGUUGCUGUCAACAUUUGAAAGUUUCAUUUCACUAGAAAAUCUCAGGAAAGUGUCUGUCAUUUUGAGAAGGGGCUAUGUUCAUGAGAUUUGGCUGGGAAAAUUCUCUUUCAGCGUGCACCAUUAACUCAGCAUUUCCAGAACACCUAUAAAGAUGAUUUUUUUUUGUUUUGAAGUGCUUUUUUCCCAGUUAGCUGUUGGUUUAUGCGUCAUUGAGUGCUAAGUAAUUGCUUCGUAGAAGGAACGGUCAAAUGUAAUAAUUCACUCUGACCCACGUUGUUACCCAUACACUUUCUGUACCAUGGACAUAUGUACUACAGCCAACAUGUGCCUUGUCACCAUCUAAGGGGUUCUGUUUUGACGCCUAGGCGAGUAGAUGUGCAAGUCGUUUUUUAGUUUUUUUUAUUCUCUCUUUUUUUUCUGCUGAAGGAAAAGUUGUGGUGUUUCAUGGUUCCUAUACAUGUAUUGAGAUAUUUUCUAC